UUGGCGGGCCCUUUGGUGGGAGGAGGCGGGCGGGCGACGAGGUCGGUGCUCUCCCCGCGCCCGCGCCUCACCUUGUACCGACUCGGAAGCCAGCCGUCUGGGCGCGCGAGGUGGCCGGCCGACCUCAUGGACCGACGAUGCUUGGGACGCCGUCACCUGCCCUGCCCUGCCCGCAUUCGCCCCCUUUCCGGGAGGGGGUGACAUGCCACGGCGGGCCGUCCGCGUGCCUCUUCGCAUAAACAUGCUCGGGCGUAGGCGUAGACGGCCCGUCAAGCCCGGCUAAGAAGUGAUCUGCACUCGCGCAAAAGGUUUCGUUAGGAACGAUGAUACCAAGUAUAUAACCGAGUUGCGCGCCGCCGACGAUACCGCCCGCAGCAACGCCCUUGCCCGCUCGGCCUUUGUUUGUUUGCUGGCACCCUUACACGCGCGACAACGGCGAGCAACUCCCUCCCCGCGUGCCGCCUCGCCAUAAGCUGCGUCUCGACGCUCGACCAAGACGAAAGACUCAUCGUAGGCAACUUUCGUCGUGGAGACACUGUACAUACUGGGCUACGUAUUAUACGGAUUGCAGCAAUAGAAGUGCACGCACGAUGCGCUCCCAUGCCUUGCUGGCGCUGCUGGCGCUCGGGCGCGCCGCCCAAGGCGCUGCCCUCGGCGGUGAUGCCCCGAUCACCGACGUCUCGCCCAGGGACGGCGACGAUGCGUCGAUGGUCUCCUCCUCCGGCGACCUGCAGGCCCGAGGCCUCGUCGAGGACAUCUGGAACGAGAUUAAGAAUGCGGCAACGUGUGCCGGCUGCGAGACUGUCCUCGGCCUGCUCAAGGUCCUCGUCGCAUUUGGCGACGGCCCGUUUGUGAGCGCGAUCCAGGACAUUUGCAAACUAGCCAAGGUCCAAGACGACGACGUCUGCGACGGCUCCAUCGCCCUUGAGGGACCCAUUAUCGCCGCCGCCAUCAGGAAGAUGCACAUCGGGUCCCGCACGUCGGAAGCCUUUUGCACCACCCUGCUCGGCCUGUGCGGCUACCCGGCCGUCGCGUCCUGGGACGUCCCCUUCCCGUCCCCCAAGCCGGCCGGCGGACGGCCCAAGCCCAGCGGCAAGCCGUCGCUCAAGAUCGUCCAUUAUUCGGACAUUCACGUUGACCCUCUGUACGAGUCGGGCUCCAGCACCAACUGUACGAAGCCGAUUUGCUGCAGGCCGUAUACGGACGCGGACAAGCCCGGCACCAGCAAGUCUCCGGCCGGCCCCAACGGCGACCAUAAGUGCGACACGCCCGUCAGUCUCGAGGACAGCAUGUACAAGGCCAUCAAUGCUAUCGUGCCCGAUGCCGCCUUUACCCUCUUCACGGGCGACAUUGUCGACCACGCCAUCUGGAAUACCACCCAAGCCUCCAACACGGACUCGAUCCAGCACGCGUACGCGGCCAUGAACCAGACGCUCAAGCUGGUCUACGGUACGGCUGGCAACCACGAGGCCCAGCCCGUCAACAGCUUCCCGCCCAGCAGCAUCUCCAGCGACACGCAGUGGUUGUACAACCUGCUGUCCCAGGAAUGGGCCCCGUGGCUCGACCAGGUCGCCGAGAGCGACGUGGCCAAGUUCGGCGCCUACUCGACGAGGUUCCCCGGCGGCAACCUACGCAUCAUCUCCAUCAACACUAACCUCUACUACCGGCACAACUUUUGGCUGUACCAAGACUACGACGACAAGGACCCUAACCUGCAGAUUGCGUGGCUCGUCAAGGAGCUCGACGCCGCGGAGCGGGCCGGCGAGCACGUCUACAUCAUCGGGCACAUGCCCAUGGGCGAAAAGGACGCGCUGCCCGACCCGUCCAACUACCUCGACCAGGUCUUCAAGCGCUACUCGUCGACCAUUGCGGCCAUGUUCUUCGGGCACACGCACGUCGACCACUUUGAGGUCUCGUACCUCGACUACGCGGCGCAAAACGCGAGCAACGCGUACAUGACGUCGUACAUUGCGCCCUCGCUGACGCCCACGUCGGGCAUGCCGUCCUUCCGCGUCUACGACGUCGACCCGGACACGUUUGCCGUGCUCGACGCGACGACCUACACGGCCGACAUGACGGACCCGGCGUUCCAGACGGCGGGCCCCGUGUGGAAGAAGUACUACUCGGCCAAGGAGGCCUACGGCAAAGCCGCGAGCCCGCCCGUGACGGACCCCGCGGCGGAGCUGACGCCGUCCUUUUGGCACCAGGUGACGGAGGCGUUUGAGCGCGACCAGGCGCUGUUCGACGCGUACAUUGCGCGCAAGAGCCGCGGGUGGAACGCAGGCUCGUGCACCGGCGACUGCAAGGCGGCGGAGCUGUGCCAGAUGCGCGCCGGACGCGCGCAGAACAACUGCUUCAAGCCCGAGCCCGGGGUGCACCUCGACAAGCGCCGCGACGACGUCGACGACAAGUCAGGGAGCCAACAGGGACGUGGGCAGCCCGGGAACGAGCGCGGUGAGCACGACGAGUGCGGCGUGCCGGUGACGCUCAAGACCCUGAGCGCGGUGACGGACAGCAAGGAGACGCUGGCGCGGUUGCGAUCGCUGGUUCAAGGGGAGAAGGCGGCGGCGGCGGCGCGACGGGGGGAGAUAUCGUAG